GUCCUCACCGAAGUGCUCAGUACUCCUCUCGCUAGUCGCUACUGCCUCCGUCUCUCCACCCUACAGCCUCGUCCCGGCACAUCAACUCGCUUACGCUACCACCGCCAGCACACACCCAGGCCGCAGCGCCGCGCUCCGUUCACCUCCUCUUACGCGCGGUGCCCUACCGGCGCGCGGUGUCUGGCUAGAAUCUUGGUGGUCGUUCGCAGGGGUAGCCAAGCUAUCUAGCUAGCUCGGAAAGCGGCCGGCCGCGCGCGGAGAUGAUGAUGAUGAGCGGUCGAGCGGGCGGCGGCGCCACCGCGGGGCGGUACCCGUUCACGGCGUCGCAGUGGCAGGAGCUGGAGCACCAGGCGCUCAUCUACAAGUGCCUGGCGUCUGGCAAGCCCAUCCCGUCCUACCUCAUGCCGCCGCUCCGCCGCAUCCUCGACUCCGCCCUCGCCACGUCGCCGUCCCUCGCCUUCCCGCCGCAACCCUCGUUGGGGUGGGGCUGUUUCGGGAUGGGCUUCAGCAGGAAGCCCGACGAGGACCCGGAGCCCGGCCGGUGCCGGCGGACGGACGGCAAGAAGUGGCGCUGCUCCAAGGAGGCGUACCCGGACUCCAAGUACUGCGAGAAGCACAUGCACCGGGGCAAGAACCGUUCAAGAAAGCCUGUGGAAAUGUCCUUGGCCACACCGGCGCCGGCCUCUGCGGUGUCCUCCGCCACAAGCGCCACAGCCGCCGCCGCCGCCGCCACCACCACCACCUCGUCGCCAGCACCGUCCUACCGCCCAGCGCCCACCUCGCACGACGCCUCGCCGUACCACGCGCUGUACGGCGGCGGCAGUCCGUACUCGGCGUCGGCGCGUCCCGCCGGUGGCCCCGGCCCGUACCAUCAUCCCGCGCAGGUGAGCCCCUUCCACCUCCACCUCGAGACCACCCACCCGCACCCGCCGCCGUCCUACUACUCCGUAGACCAGCGGGACUACGCGUACGGGCACGCCACCAAGGAGGUCGUCGGCGAGCACGCCUUCUUCUCCGAUGGCGCGGCCGAGCGGGACCGCCAGCAUGCCGCCGGCCAGUGGCAGUUCAAGCAGCUCGGGAUGGACACGAAGCCGAGCCCCACGUCUCUGUUCCCCGUCGCCGGGUACGGCAACGGCGCUGGUGCGUCGCCGUACGGCGUUGAUCUGGGAGCCAAGGAAGACGACGAGGAAGAAAGGCGGCGCCAGCAGCAGCAGCACUGCUUCGUUCUUGGUGCCGACCUGCGGCUGGAGCGGCCGUCGUCGGGCCAUGACGCCGCCACCGCGCAGAAGCCGCUCCGGCCCUUCUUUGACGAGUGGCCGCACGAGAAGGGAAACAAGGGUGGGUCAUGGAUGGGGCUUGACGGCGAGACGCAGCUCUCCAUGUCCAUCCCCAUGGCCGCCAGCGACCUCCCCGUCACCUCCCGCUACCGUAAUGGUGCGCACUAUGAGUGAUGGCCGGAAGAAAUAUUUUAUGGUUGCUACGACCUCGAGGCGAGGCCACAUCAAACCUGGAGCUGGAACACGACACGACGCGUGGUUCUUCCCUAUGGUGCUGACCCUGAGCUGCCCUCGCCGCCGUUUUCCUCAAGGCCGGCACGGUUUGAAGAACAUGGGGGGAAGAACUAAUUAAAGCUCCUUAAGAACGAUCUUUCCUGUUUCUCCGUUCAUCUUUCUCGUUUAGUAUUACGUAGUGUUGAUUCGAGUGUUAUGUUUCCCUGUAAUAUCAACUGAAGUGCCUGAUUUCUCAAGCUGCGUUUGAGCUUCUUCCUGUCAGUGCUUGUAUUAGUAUCUUGUGAGCGUGCUAAGCUGCUCCAGUUCUGGAUU